CAGGUUGGAUGGAGGGAUGGAGGGAUGGAUUCACGCCUUUUACACACCACCAGGUUUUACUCGCUUUAUUGAACUCGUCAAACAGAUUUUGACCGACCUGUUGAUCUCGUUUGUAAACUAAUCCGGUAAGUGAAGCUUCUGUCAUGUAAAAGCGGAAGUGGAGACGAACCACAACAUCCGGAUCAGUCAAGCUAGCAGCUGUACAGAACAUGAGCGAGGCCGACUUCGCCGUCACGGGCGACAUGGCUGAAAUAAGCCGCGUGCACUACGAGAUGGAGUACGCCGAGGACAUCAGCCUGCAGAUGAGGAUACCGGACAGGCUUAAAGUCGGACCGGACUCGUCGAUGGACAAACUUCUACUGGACCAGUUUUCUGAGGAAUCCCACAGCACCAUGAUGCAGGUUCCAGACAGGAUCGUAGUGGCAGGAGAUGAAGCUGAUCUUCACUUCAGGCCACGAGAGCUUGAUCUGAUCCAGACCAUCCCAGUGGAGAGCGUGGAGCUGAAGGCUCCUCCACGGGUUCUCACUCUCCAGGACCAACCUCUGGACUUCCUGGAGCCUGAGCAGCUACCAGAACCUUCUCAGCUUAAAGAAGAGAUUCACUCUCGCACGAGAUCCCGGCGUGAACGUUACACCAACGAGACUCGUCAGAACGUCCAGAUCGCCAAAUACUACACCGUGAGCCCGUCUCCCAGCGCUCCUGUGCGUGUUCGUCCCCCUCUUGUGUCCCCCGAGGACUGGCCGGGCGUUGGCACUGUGGGCGGAGUCCUGUCCUACAUCCAGCUCACCACACGCAGGGCCUACGACCUCGUCCUGGCCAUGCUGGAUGACUCGCACCGCAGGACCACACUCGUGACUCUGGAUGCUAAUUUGGAAGGAACUCCCGAUGACCUGGCGUUAGCCGACGCCCCAGCACUGAGACGACAGAUCGUGAAACUGAACCGUAGACUUCAGGUCCUGGAGCACGAGCAGAAAGAGCGAGUGAGGAGGGAGAUGGUGGUCUACUCCCUCACCGCCGCAUUCUGGCUGGUCAACGCGUGGAUGUGGGUACGCCGCUGACCUCUGGAGCCGUCGACCUGCAUCUUCUCAUCGUCUCAGGCUGCUUUUAAUCAGACUCUCAGAGCUUCUUUUUGUAUAUAACUGUAACUGUAACCAAUAUCGCUGGGAUAUUAUUCUUAAAGUCUAAACUCAGACAUAGGCUAGAAAAUAGAUCGUUAUUAAAACGAUCGUUUUAAAUAAUAUAGUGCGAGCAAAAAAAAAAAUGAGAGGGUGCCAAUAGUUUUAAGUAAACAGAACUGUAUUGAUGUAUAUGGAUAUGACUAUUGUAAAAAAAAAUGUUCAAACUUCAUGUACAAAAAAAAAAAUCAUUUCUUGUAGGUGAUUGGUGCUGAGAACGUGUUUAGAAUAGCGUCACCUUCACGGUUACGACAUGGUUAAGUAAAGAAUGAAUCACUUCAGGAUGUCCUGCUGUUCCUCGUCUAAUAGCGUAGCAAUUAUUCCACCCUUUAACGUGUUAACUGACGACACGUUGCGUUUUUUAUCCGGUUACGUUUACUUUUAACGUGUCACUUACAUUCCAGCAGCUAGAAACAGCCACUGACACCGGAGACUCCUUCCGUAACUCCUACAUAAACAUCUGCUUAUAGAGCGAGAGUCGAGCGUCACAGGAAAGACGAGAAAGGAGGAACGAACGAAAGAAUACGGAAAGAGAGACCGAAUUCAAUUAAAUGCUCAAAGAAAGAAUGAAUUGUAAAAAUAAAUAAAGGAUUAAAUGGAAAUACAUGGAAAGAAAGAAAGGUAGAAAGAAAGAGCGAACGCUGAGUGCUUGAAAGUACGAACGUUACAAGGAGAAGCUAACGAACGAAUCAGGAGUGUGUACAGUGUGUGUGUUACAGAACACCAGCAGAUUGUGGUGUAUGUGUUGUGUUUAUUAUUUAUUUAAAUAAACAUUUUGUGGAUCUUGA